CCGUUGCCGUUUUGUUUUCUGUCGGGCCGUACGACACGACGGAAUUAGAAAUAAAAUCUAUUCGUUGCGGGCCGUCGGGGUGCGUUUUCUGACGGAGUGACGUCACGGUGACAUUGCAUUUCAUUGGCUAUUGAGCUUGUCGGACCUGUCGUGUCGGAGCCGUCGUGGUAUUGUGAUUCCAGCUUUAUUCAAACAUUUGAAAUGCCGCCCGCCGCGACGAGGACCAGUCACAUGCAGCGAGCCCGAAACUCCAAACAAAGCCGUUACUGAUUCAUAGUUUUACAAAACACAAGGUUAUAAAAAACGUAAUUUUACUCUUAUAUAAUUAAUAUUAAAAUAGAAUUAGCAAAGUUUUCUAAGCGAAAUCAGCAAACAAAAAAAAAAUAAAAAUUUGAUGUAAACAAAACAACUUUCUAAUCCACGAUGGCUUCUCGGCGACUGGAACUGUUCACCGAAUGAAGUUUCGAAUUUCUCUAAAGAGGUGCGACUCACUCGAAGGUUAUACUGUGUAAUGCAAAAGGGAAGAGACUGGUGGAAAUUACGGGUCCUGGAACAAAUCAUUGGCUGCUGGGUAUGGACGAGUGUCAGAAGAGGAUUUACGACAUGGUCCAGCAAGCCAAGGAGGAGGCUGGACUUCCGCUCGAUGAACCCCUCUCCGUGCUGGGCUUGAGCCUGAGCGGAUGCGAGCAGGAGGAGUCCAACAACAAGCUGAAGGAGGACCUCCAGAGCAAGUACCCGAACUUGAGCCGCCAGUACAUGGUGUGCAGCGACACCGUGGGGUCCGUGGCCGCCGCUCUCCCCCUCGGCGGCAUCGUGGUGAUCGCGGGCACCGGCUCCAACGCCUUGCUGGUGAACCCCGAUGGCUCGGUUCACCGGUGCGGCGGCUGGGGCUGCAUGCUGGGUGACGAAGGAGGCGCAUGGUGGGUGGCGCAUAAAGCAGUGAAAAUAUGUUUUGACGAACAAGACAAUUUCGUACAACCUCCUCACCAGACAAACUUUGUGUGGGAUGCCAUCAAGAGGCACUUCAAUGUUGAAACCAGGUUCGACCUUCUGGACCACUGCUACUCGAACUUCGAGAAGUCCAAGUACGCGGGGCUGGCCAAGCGCCUCGCCGAGGGUGCGGACCAAGGGGACCCUCUGUGCCUGUGGCUGUUCGCCCAGACGGGGGAAGUUCUCGCCCGCCACAUCACAGCGCUGUACCCCAAGGUUGAUAAGGCGCUGCUGGAGCCGGCCGGGGGAAUCUCCGUGGUGUGCGUGGGCUCCGUCUGGCUCAGCUGGGAGCACCUCAAGCCGGGCUUCAUCGGCCACCUGCGCUCCGAAGCCGCCCGGCCGGCGGACGUGCGGGAGCUGUCGCUGCUCCGGCUCACCACCAGCAUGGCCAUCGGAGCCGUCUACCUGGCGGCCAAGGAGAUCAGCUUCGACCUGCCCCGCGACUACCAGGAGAACUACACCGUCUUCUUCCACUACAGGCGGGAGGAGCGGUAGCGCCCCACCUCUCUCUGAGCUCGGAAGACUCUCCAGAUCUGACAUUCCACGGGACGGUCACACCACUUCUGUUCCAACACAUACAUAUGUUCGUUUUAGAAAAUUACGCAAGUGAAUGCACCUGUAAUUAAUAAUUAGAAAUUUUUUUUUUUUUUGGGUUUAUUUUAACAGAGUUUCAACGAAACACUUACAAACCAGAUUGAACCUUAAUUUUUUUUUUUUUUUAACCAAAAUUAUCCGUUAAAACAGUUGUAGUACUUCGCCAAGAUAUUUCAAACAUAAUCAUAUUGUAUGUCAUAGACAUAAAAUGUUUCUACAAAGAAAUUUCAAUGUAAAACCACGGUGUAAAUUUUCAUCUUUGUUGCCAUACAUCUAGAAUUAAAAAUUUAUUUAUGU